AUGGCGGCCAGCGAGCGUACGGUCGACUGUCGUAUGGUCUGUAGCAGUGACAUGUCUCCCUCGAACUGCGAAAGUCCCGAUAUGCUGCAUGCGCUGUUUGUUCAGUGCAUCGAGAGCUACGUUGCUCAAUCCGGUAGCGACACGGACUGGGCACUGAUAGCGCGAGCCACCGCUGCGAUGAUUCUGCGGUCUCGACGAAGGCGCCACUGUCGAGAGUGGAUACGGUUCCGUCUUCGAUCGAGGGAAACGUUUGGCGAGUUCCAUCACCUCGUUCGAGAUAUGCGUCUGGACAACGGGAGCGACUUCUUCCAGUACUUCAGGAUGACGCGGCAAAGGUUCGACCAGCUACUUGCUCUGGUUGGGCCCCAACUACAACGAGAGGCAACUCCUUGGAGGAAGCCGAUCUCCCCAGCGGAGCGGCUAUCGCUAACAAUCCGGUACCUGGCGCACGGAUCCUCGCAGAGAAUCUGCGCAUCCUGUUACAGGAUCGGACGCUCAACGACCUCCCUCAUUAUUGGGGAAACCUGUCGGGCGCUGCAUAGAGUGCUGGACCCACUGUACAGAACUCCUCCCAACAUGGCCCAGUGGGAGCGGAUGGCAGGCAACUUCGCAAGGCUGUGGAAUUUCCUUAACUGUGUCGGAGCUGUGGAUGGGAAACACGUGACCAUCCAAGCCCUCCCUAGCGCAGGCUCCGACACAUACAACUACAAGGGAUUCCACAGCAUCGUCCUCCUUGAAAGUUGUGAUGCUGCAUACAAGUUUACACUUGUGGAUGUCGGCCAGCCAGGUCGUUUCAGCGACGGGGAGAACACCUUUGGCAUCUUGGUUGCAAGAUGGCGCAUCUUCAGGCAGCCGAUCCAGGCCUCAGAGGAGAAUCUGGAAGCGAUUGUCUGGGCAUGCGUCAGCUUGCACAACUACCUGAGGACGUGUGACGAGAAUGAGCAAGGGGAACGCCGCUACUGCCCUGCUGGCUAUGCCGACCAAGAAGGUGCGCUUGGGGAUGUGGUGCUUGGCCAGUGGAGGGCCGAGGUGAACGAUGGCGGUGCCCUUGUAGACGUGGGCCGCACAAGCUCAAACAUGUACAAUGACGAUGCCAAGAAGGUGAGACAGACAUACGCUCGGUACUUCUGCUGCCCCGCUGGCGAAGUUACAUGGCAGUACAAAAAUGUUUACAAAGGCUUGACACCAGCUGUCCAAGCACCCAGUUGUCCCUAA